CUCAGAAUUUCAGUGUCAAGAAGGACCUUUGGUCAGAGUGGGCUGGUAGUGCAAACCUGGUAUGCAAACACUUCCCUGAUCAAGUCCAUCUGGGUGAUGGCAAUCAGUCAACACCAGUUUUACUUGGACAGAAAGCAAAGCAAAGCAAAAAUUCCUUCAGCCAGAAGUUUGGAUGAUAUCGCCAUGGAUCUGACAGAGAUGGGAACACCAAAAGUUUCCAAACUAGUGACUUUGGAAGGGAAGAACCAGCUUAUUAUGGCCAGCAAUGGCAGUUUGAUCUCAUCAGGCUCUCAGGAUUCAGAAGUAAGUGAAGAACAAAAGAAAGAGAAAAUUAUGGAGCUAAAGAAGAAAGAGAAGCUCCUUCAGGAAAAACUGCUUCAGAAAGUUGAGGAGCUGAAGAAAAUCUGCCUGCGAGAAGCGGAGCUGACAGGCAAGAUGCCCAAGGAGUAUCCUCUCAGUGCUGGAGAGGAGCCUCCCCAGGUCAGGAGACGUGUCGGCACGGCGUUCAAGCUGGAUGACAACCUGCUCCCCAGCGAAGAGGAUCCCGCUUUGCAGGAUUUGGAGAGCAACUUUAUCAUACAGCAAAAGCUGGUGGAAGCUGCAAAGAAACUUGCCAGUGAGCCAGACCUCUGCAAAAAUGUGAAGAAGAAAAGAAAGCAAGAGUAUGCUGAUGCCAUAAAAAAACUGCAAGAGAUAGAAAAUUCUAUAAAUGAAUAUAGAAUCAAGUGUGGCAAAAAACCAACCCAGAAAUCGACUCUUACUCUACCAGAUGAUAUAAUUCCAUCUGAGAGCAGCUCCCUGUCCGAUACAACCACCUAUGACGAUGCCAGUGAAUCGCUUCCUGUGCCAGCACAGAGACCCAGCUCUGCACAGCUUUCUCCAAGGCUUCCUCCACCAAAGUCCCUCGGGGUGGAGAGAAUUCAUCUCAGAAAGUCAUCCAUAAAUGAUCAGCUCUUGGAAACCAGACACUCCAGGGACCCUCUUUCAACUCACAGCAGUCCGUACCGGACCCUGGAGCGGCCAGCCCAGCCCCACGGGGGCAGGAGCAUGCCCACCACCCCCGUGCUCACGCGCAACGCCUACAGCAGCAGCCACUUGCAGCCAGAUGUUUCCCCACACCACUGCCGGCAGCGCAGCGGCAGCCUGGAAUCCCAAACGCAGCUGCUGUCGGGGAGCCCCGCCGAGCAGGCAGCCUUCGCCCUCUGCAGGGCCCAGCGGAGCAGCAGCACCGAGAUCCUGGACGACGGCUCCUCCUACACCAGCCAGUCGAGCGCCGAGUACUACUGCGUGGCGCCGGCCCCCGGCCCCCGCUACGCCGCCCAGACGGGUCAGGAGCAGCCUUCCUCCAGCUACUACAUCGCUGGCUACUCCCCCUACGCCGAGGCUGAGGUGUACUACAACGGGGGCUACCUGUACGAGAGCGACACGGAGGGGCAGUACAGCGUCAACCCCUCCUACCGCUCCCCGGGGCACUACGGGUACAGCCAGCACAGGGAGUUCAGGUCCUACCACGAGGAGGAGGUGGACAGAGUGCCACACAACCCCUACGCCACCCUGCGGCUUCCCAGGAAGCAGGUCGCUAAAACGGAGCAUAUAACCAAAAACAUUCACAAGGCCUUAGUAGCAGAGCAUCUCCGUGGUUGGUACCAGCGUGCCUCCAGUCAAAAGGAACAGGGUCACAGCCUGCAGGCGGGCUUUGAGUCUGACAGAGGAUCUCAAAGGAGUUUGGGCUUUGCUGCUCUGCAGGUGCCGUGCUCUCCUAGCAGCCGGGUGUCGUCGUUCUCCUCGG